AUGGCCAGCAAGGACAACGAAAGCGGAGGACUUCUCCGAUUCCUCUACAACCCGGAUACUGGUGAAGUGUUCGGCAGAACCGGAACGUCGUGGUUUAAGAUCACGGUUUUCUAUAUUGUUUUCUUCGCGUGUCUGGCAGCUUUUUGGACCGUGUUGUUGGUCAUAUUCUACCAGACACUCGACGCUUUUCAACCCAAAUGGACCCUGGAUGCUAGUCUCAUCGGCUCGGUACCGGGAUUAGGAUUCAGGCCACGUCCUCCGAUGUCCAACAUUGACUCGACGCUCAUCUACUUCAAGGCCAGCGGAGCGAGUUCUGAAUCCUACAAAGUUUGGGUUGACGAUCUUCAGAAAUUUAUCGCGAGUUAUCGUGAAGUCGGACGCAACGGCGAAAACUUAGUUACCUGCUCCUCAGGAAUGCCCGCACCUCCGGGCAAAACUUGCAUAUAUAAUAUCGACCUCUUGUACAAGACUAACUCCAACUGCUCUAGCCAGGAAGAGUUCGGAUACAAGUAUGGCACCCCCUGUGUGGCUCUAAAAAUCAACAAAAUCUACGGAUGGAAACCGACCCCCUACCAGAACAACAACUUCCCUCCAAACUUCCCCGAUAAUCUGAAAAGCAAUUACGAUGGCAACCGCGUCUACCUCUCUUGCGAGGGUGAGAACGCUGCUGACCAAGAAAACAUGGGACCUGUCCAGUUCCAUCCGAAUCCAUACGUGGACGACUUCUACUUCCCAUUCACGAACGUGCCUGGCCACAUGCAGCCAUUCGUGUUCGCCCAGUUCCUCAGACCGGAACGAGGCGUCCUUAUCAAUAUCGAGUGUAAGGCAUGGGCUGCCAACAUUUUCCACGACCGACAAGAGAGGAUCGGCUCCGUGCACUUCGAGUUGAUGAUCGACUAGACGCCCCCAGCUCUGUGGCGGGCAGACGGGAGGUAGGACAGGACAAGGCGGAAGACGACGCAAGCAGCAGCAACAACAACAAAAAUAAGGGGCAACAUCACCACCACCACCAGCUAGAUCAGCCUGCACCUCGGCCGCCCUGCCUCCGAGCCUCGCCUCAACGGACGGACGUACUGAAAAAUGCGGGCCGCCAUUUUAGCUACAACAACAUCAACAACAACAACAACAACAACAACAACAACAUCAUCAUCAACUACAACAACAACAGUAACUACAACAAGUAGCAGCAGCAGCAGCAACUAAUAUACAGCAACUACAACAAGACCUACAACCCCAAUUUACUACAUCGUCAACCGCAGCAACAACAUCUUCGCCAACCUCCACCAACUCAACAGCAGCGAUCCCAUAACACCAUUCGUCGAUUCACUCUGCUCCGGCUAAACCCCCUCAUCGGAGGCGCUGUCUCUCUCAAUGCCAUCUUCAUCGGAAGCUCGCUCACUCACUCAGUCUCGUCGUAUAUGUAUCAAACUACUCACAACCUGUUCCCGUCUCUCGAGUUUCGACUAUACUUCUCAAUCGACGGGACACAUUCAGGAAAGUGGGUUCCUCAAGUCGGAUGCAUAACGAUGGAUCUAUCACGGGUCGAAUAUUCGAACGAACAACGAGAUCCAAACUCACCAGGAUACACCGUCACGUCAGCGUUGGCAAGAGCACCAGAUAUCGUUUUCCACUCGGUUCAACGGGGGGGUUGAGCCGCUCCCCGCGGAGAUGCCGAGUCACCACUGCCUAGUUACGCCACAACAGCGCGAGCGCUUUGGUCAGACUGCCGACCGGCGCUAGACACACUCCAGAGGCUGUAGCGGCUUCACUAAGCGAGAGAGAUGAGCAACGAG